UGCAGGAGCGGUCAAGGUUUUUGGCCACCUUGAGGCGGGUACGAUGGCGGAGGAGCCGAAGCGCGGUAGCGUGGAGUCCGAGCCUGGUUUUGAGGCAGUGGAGUCUACAGAAUCUAAGGUGUCUUCAUCGAAGACUACCGAUGUUGUCGCACGGUCAUCGAAGGCGGAGGACUAUAGUAGCAAGUGCGUGUUCUGCCGGAUCGCGGGGCAGCAGGAACCCGGCACAGAGCUCCUGUACUGCGAGAAUGAAGACCUAGUUUGCUUCAAAGAUAUCAGACCAGCAGCACCUCAUCAUUAUCUUGUGGUGCCAAAGAAGCAUCUUGGAAACUGUAGAGAGCUAAAGAAAGAUCACAUAGAACUGGUUGAGAGCAUGGUAACUGUUGGAAAAACCAUUCUUGAAAGGAAUAAUUUCACUGACUUCAAAAAUGCGAGAAUGGGUUUCCACAUGCCACCAUUCUGUUCCAUCUCCCACUUGCACCUUCAUGUGCUGGCGCCUGUCGAUCAACUUGGCUUCUUAUCAAAAUUGGUCUAUAGAGUGAAUUCCUAUUGGUUUAUCACAGCCGAUUGUUUGAUUGAAAAACUAAGAACAUGAAAAUGUCAACAGUGGAAGAUUCUCCUAAUCUUGGCUCAACAUAAACUAAUAUUUUGGUCCUUUUGAAGUCUGAUUACAGUUGUAAGGUUCAUUAGGUUUUAUGAGAGGCUAUUCCUGGCUAGCCUUAAAUCUUUUCUGAAUGUCUGUUUCCUGAGAUAUGUGAUACAAUCCCAUGGAUACUUCGUCAUUGACUUCUUUGUUUUAAUGGUUAUUCAUUUAAGGUGUAAGAUACUAUAGGUAAAAUCCCAUUAAAACAAAUCCCAUUCAUCAGGAAGGGCUAUUUUUUUUCAAAGUUUAAAUAUUUUCAUUUCUCCAUAGUCUAUUAUAAUAGUGACUUACUCAUGAAGAAUAAACUGGUAUAGAAACUACUUUAUUGGAGCCUUUGUUACUGUGAAGGGGAAAAAGAAAUUAACCAUUUCUUGACAGUUAUAUAAGUUUACACACAAAAUUUCAAAAUGAAGAGUACCAUACUACAUAGUGAUUUCUGUUGUUGAUGGAAAGAGUUGUGUAUGUGUCACUUUUUACUCAGAUUUCGGAUGCUGGUUUUCACUUCUUGAAGCCUGACAUUUUUGUGAUAAAUUGUUCCUUAAAGCUAUAUAAUUAAUAUACAUAAGGUAAAUUCUAAUGGUGAAUUUACAAGAACAAGCAAUUUGGCAAUCCAAGAGAAUUCACUGUAAUGCCAUUUUACCUGUAAGAACAUAAAUGGGGAAGAAACAUAAAAUGGUUAUAGUAAUGUAUUAAAGACUGGUGGAAAUUGUUGUUUUAUGGUUUGUAUAUUGUACCAAAGGAAAGGUAGAAUUAAAAAGUGAUUAGGCCUGGCUUUUAUCAUGAAGAAAUCCUGAUUGGAAAGUAGAGACAGAUAAGCUGAGAUGAGAAAAUUUAUUUUAAUAGCUCAAUGUUAGCAUUACUGAUAUAUAUCAUUUCAUUAGACACAUUUCUUUAGGGAUUGUGCUGAUCUACACUAACAAUAGUGAAUGUGAAUGAAGAGUAAGGUACUGAAGCUGAUCCUACAUUGUGCCAGUGUAUAGUAACACCCUGUGCAUGAAUAUAAAUGAACACAAAGUUGAAAGUUAGAAGUAGGCUGAGAUGACUAGUUUUCUUUCCUAUUUUUGGCAUGAUAUUAAACAUAGUUUUAAGCAAUGAAAUACUUAUUACAAUGUUUAAUUACAACACCUGGGAUAUUUAGUUACGACAUCUGAAAUAAACAUUUAUCCAUAUAACAAACAUUUGCUGAGUAUUUAACAUGCGAUGAUCAGUAAAUGUAGGUGAGAAAGAACAGUCUGUCUUCAGAUGCUAAUACAGGGGUCAGACAAAACCAGUGAUUACAGCUUAGUGUGUUAAGUGCUGUGAUGUCCACAGAAGAGGCUGUGGAAAGGAACACGAUUUUGAGAGCCAGUGGCAGUAGAGCUGAAUAUUUAAGACUCAGUGUUUGGCAGGCUGACAGUGGGAGUUUAGGCCAAGAGACCCACAUGUGCUUCUCCUGAGUUCUGCUUCCGUUAUUACUUGCUUUACGAUUGAAGUGAAUGUUCACGUUCCAUUUUAGUCACUGGAAGUGGAAGUAGGGGUUUUGGGCUCUCAAAAUUAGAUUUCCAGGCUUUUUAGCACGGCUUUGUUAAGUAGCUCACUGAGCCACCUACACAGAUUAGCAGUUACAAGUUUGUAGAAAUCAGCUCAAAUAUGACCAGCUUUGGAAAAGGAAUUUUCAGUAUGUACAACAUGUUGUACUAUGUGAACUUGUAAUGAUAUAACUGACAAUAUUAUGAUAAUAACAUGUAAGGUAUUUAAGGAAUUCUCAAAUGCCUUACGGACCUCUUCAAAAAUAUGAUUAGCCAAUUGAUUUAAUUUAUAUAGGUUUAUACCCUGUCAUAGUUAAGUUUUCCUUCUUACUUGGAAAACCCCUGAUCCUCACAUUCUUAGCAGAAUUUCUCUUUUACUUGUAAAGAUUAAUAACUUACUACAAUUAAAAUUCACUCAGCUUUUUCAGUAGAGUAUUUGGUAACUCAGUAGCUACCCAUAACAGUAGCUAAACACAAAACCAAUUCAUAACUUAUGUUAAAGUAGUAUCUAGAGCAUUAUUCAUGCAUGUUAUGAUAUUGUUUGUAACUGCAGAAUUGUAAAAUUAGUGAGUUGUUUCAAACUGUGCUUACUUAGCUAAAAGAAAGCUAAAUAAAUAUGGAAAAAUAC